GAACGAGCACCGUCUGGGCGGGAGCGGGCCGCGCAGACCAGCUGGGCUGCUGCGAACAUCGGAGAAGCUCUUGGGAAACUCCCACGGUCCGGAGACUUUCGAAAGGAAAGAGCGAGCAGACCCGCGCGCGCGAGUUUGCGAGUGAGCGUUCAGCGACGCACCUGUUCCUUCCGCGCUACCGCCUUCCCACCCCUCGGUCCCGCGCCUCCCAAGGCGCCCGCCAGCUCCCGCCAUGAACCCAGCGCUGGGCAACCAGACAGACGUGGUGGGCCUGUUCCUGGCCAACAGCAGCGAGGCGCUGGAGCGCGCGGUGCGCUGCUGCACCCAGGCGUCGGUAGUGACCGACGACGGCUUCGCCGAGGGCGGCCCGGACGAGCGCAGCCUGUACAUCAUGCGCGUGGUGCAGAUCGCCGUCAUGUGCGUGCUGUCGCUCACCGUGGUCUUCGGCAUCUUCUUCCUUGGCUGCAACCUACUCAUCAAGUCCGAGGGCAUGAUCAACUUCCUGGUGAAGGACCGGAGACCGUCUAAGGAGGUGGAGGCGGUGGUCGUGGGGCCCUACUGACCGCCCUCCGGCCCCCGCGGCAGCCGCUCCCAGGCCUCUCCACUACGCCAGUCCCGCUGCGCUCCUACCAUCCGAGACUGGGCGAAGCAAACCUGUCGGAGUCAGUUAUUUCUCGCGACUUCUGCCUUUUGGGAAAAAGCGACCCGUUUCUCGCUCCCCUCUGACAGCCCCCAUGCCUGACUGUUCGGAGAGGAGGGGAGAGUGCCCAGACUUCUGGACUCAGCAGCAAGUGGUGAGAAUAGGGCGAAUAGAGCGCAGAACUUUGGAAGCUGCUGUUUGCGUGCGAUGCGGGGAAGCCAAGGGGGCGGAGGCCCUUCGCCACCCGCAGGUGGGCCAAGCGUUGGGGGCAGGUUGAGAGGGCGGGCACGAGAGAGACCCAGCGGCACCGAUUUCCUGGUGGCGGGAAAAGUGACCUGUGAAUAUGCCACGAAACAGACCUAAUGGGAACACCUAAAUCUGUGUCCGGAUUCGCGCCCACCCCCUCCUGCUCCCCCCAGCCCUAGCGGGGAGAGGCGAUAAAAACCUUUGAUUGAUUGUAACGUGCCCUUUUAAGGGUUUUCUUUGUUUGUUUGUUUGCUUCAAUACAAAUAUUCGAUCAGUCCUUUUCUGCCCUAGUGGCCUGUUUGCCUGCCUUGGGGGUUGAGUUUUGUUAUCCUGGGAGAAGGGGUGGGGGGAGGGGAAGUCUGCGAAUGUGAACUGGGUGAGUUGCUUCUUUUAUUGCUUUUCUUAACGGGUCUUUCUGGGGGGCUGGCACCCCGGCUGGCCCCAGGACAGAGACCCAGAAUAGAACUCGUAGCUCGUGACUGCACGGUUUACGCCACAAAAGUGCUCUUGACUUCCGUGACAUCGUUUUGACAUU